CCAGGGAGGAGGGCCAUGGCCAGCCCGGAGGAGCUCGCCGCUCCCCGCCCCCAGGCGCCCCUGCCAGCGGCCGGGGACGAGCCGGGCUCCGGCUCCGGCAAACUCCGCCCGGAGCCCCGGCGCAGCGCGGCCGGCGGGGGGAGCGCGGCGGGCCCGGGCCCGGCCCCCGAGCGGCCAGGCCGCGGCCGGGCCGAGCGCGCCGCGCCCCCGCGCCCGCCCCCCGCCCCCGCAGGCCGCGCCGGCCCCGCUGGGGGCCCCGGCGCGCUCUCUGCGCUCGGCGGCUGCUGGGUGGCUGCCCGCGCUCCCUUCGCGCUCGCCCUCUCCUCCCCCGUCCCCUCCUCCUCUCCAUCUUCCUCUUACUUCUGGCCGCCGCCCCCCCUGCCCCCUCCCUCAUUUCUCCCCUCCGCGUCUGCCUUUCGCCUCCCCGUGCGUCUCCCAGGGAGGGAGGGCGCGGCGGCGGGAGGCGGCGGCGGCGGCGAUGCUGGCGGCGGCGGACAGGAGGCGAGAGCUCCGCUGAGCGUCCCCGCCAGCAGCAGUCCCCGCGGCGGCGGCGGGCGGCGGCGGCUCUUCCUCUCGCCUGCGCUCCACGGCUUGCUGCUCCCAGCCCGCGCCGGGCCGCGGCCGCGGCCGCCGCCGCCCCGGCUUCCCUUUGGCGCGGCCGUCCGCCGCGCGGGCUUCCCCGGCUUCCCGGGCGCUGGCGGGGGCUGCUCCGGCCCCGGCCCCGGCUCCGGCCCCGGCCCCGGCCCCGGCCCCGGCGGCGGCGGCCGAACUCCACGGCGGCCCGGAGGCGCCGGCUUUGCGCUCGCCUCGCUGCUCUUCGGCCCCGACAUGGAAGAUGGACCUUCUAAUAAUGCGAGCUGCUUCCGAAGGCUGACCGAGUGUUUCCUCAGCCCCAGUUUGACAGAUGAAAAAGUGAAGGCGUAUCUUUCUCUUCACCCCCAGGUAUUAGAUGAAUUUGUAUCUGAAAGUGUUAGUGCAGAGACUGUAGAAAAAUGGCUGAAGAGGAAGAACAACAAACCAGAAGAUGAAUCGACUCCUAAGGAAGUCAGCAGGUACCAAGAUACUAACAUGCAAGGGGUUGUGUAUGAACUGAACAGCUACAUAGAACAACGGCUGGACACGGGGGGAGAUAACCAGCUGCUACUCUACGAGUUGAGCAGCAUCAUUAAGAUAGCCACGAAAGCUGAUGGGUUUGCACUGUAUUUCCUUGGAGAGUGCAAUAAUAGCCUGUGUGUGUUCACCCCGCCGGGCUUAAAGGAAGGCAGGCCCCGCCUCGUCCCUGCCGGGCCCAUCACCCAGGGUACGACCAUCUCUGCCUACGUGGCCAAGUCCAGGAAGACGCUGCUAGUGGAAGACAUCCUUGGGGAUGAACGAUUUCCAAGAGGCACUGGGCUGGAGUCAGGGACUCGUAUCCAGUCUGUUCUUUGCUUGCCCAUCGUCACUGCCAUUGGUGAUUUGAUUGGCAUCCUUGAGCUGUAUCGGCACUGGGGCAAAGAAGCCUUCUGCCUCAGUCACCAGGAGGUUGCAACAGCAAAUCUUGCCUGGGCUUCGGUAGCAAUACAUCAGGUGCAGGUGUGCAGAGGCCUUGCCAAACAGACUGAAUUGAAUGACUUUCUACUCGACGUAUCAAAAACAUAUUUUGAUAACAUAGUCGCAAUAGAUUCUCUACUUGAACACAUAAUGAUAUAUGCAAAAAACCUGGUGAAUGCCGAUCGUUGCGCACUUUUCCAGGUAGACCAUAAGAACAAGGAGUUAUAUUCAGACCUUUUUGAUAUUGGAGAGGAGAAGGAAGGAAAGCCUGUCUUCAAGAAGACCAAAGAGAUCAGAUUUUCAAUUGAGAAGGGAAUUGCUGGUCAAGUAGCAAGAACCGGGGAAGUCCUGAACAUUCCGGAUGCCUAUGCAGAUCCACGCUUCAACAGAGAAGUGGACUUGUACACAGGCUACACCACUCGGAACAUCCUGUGUAUGCCCAUCGUGAGCCGCGGGAGCGUGAUAGGCGUGGUGCAGAUGGUGAACAAAAUCAGCGGCAGUGCCUUCUCAAAGACGGAUGAGAACAACUUCAAAAUGUUUGCUGUCUUCUGCGCUCUCGCCUUACACUGUGCUAAUAUGUACCACAGGAUCCGUCACUCGGAGUGCAUUUACCGGGUCACCAUGGAGAAGCUGUCCUACCACAGCAUCUGCACAGCAGAGGAGUGGCAAGGCCUCAUGCGCUUCACCCUGCCCUCGCGGCUCUGCAAGGAGGUUGAGCUGUGGGUAUCGCCUUGGCCGCCUUGGAACAGGUUCCACUUUGACAUUGGUCCUUUUGAGAACAUGUGGCCUGGAAUUUUUGUCUAUAUGAUCCAUCGGUCCUGUGGGACAUCCUGCUUUGAGCUUGAAAAGCUGUGCCGUUUUAUCAUGUCUGUGAAGAAGAACUACCGGCGCGUUCCUUACCACAACUGGAAGCACGCGGUGACCGUGGCACACUGCAUGUAUGCCAUACUGCAGAACAGCUACGGGCUGUUCACAGACCUGGAGCGCAAAGGACUGCUGAUUGCGUGCCUGUGUCAUGACCUGGACCACCGGGGCUUCAGUAACAGCUACCUGCAGAAGUUUGACCACCCCCUGGCGGCACUGUACUCCACCUCCACGAUGGAGCAGCACCACUUCUCCCAGACGGUGUCCAUCCUCCAGUUGGAAGGGCACAACAUCUUCUCCACCCUGAGCUCCAGUGAGUAUGAACAGGUGCUUGAGAUCAUCCGCAAAGCCAUCAUUGCCACAGACCUUGCUUUGUACUUUGGAAACAGGAAGCAGCUGGAAGAGAUGUACCAGACUGGAUCGCUAAACCUUAAUAACCAAUCACAUAGAGACCGGGUAAUUGGUUUGAUGAUGACUGCCUGCGACCUUUGUUCUGUGACAAAACUGUGGCCGGUUACAAAGUUGACAGCAAAUGAUAUAUAUGCAGAAUUCUGGGCUGAGGGUGAUGAAAUGAAGAAGCUGGGAAUACAACCCAUUCCUAUGAUGGACAGAGACAAGCGGGACGAAGUCCCUCAAGGCCAGCUUGGAUUCUACAAUGCUGUAGCCAUUCCCUGUUACACCACCCUCACCCAAAUCCUGCCUCCCACCGAGCCUCUGCUUAAGGCAUGCAGGGAUAACCUCAGUCAGUGGGAGAAGGUGAUCCGAGGAGAGGAGACGGCGCUGUGGAUCUCAUCACCAGCCACGGCCCCCGACCCCUGUCCUGGGAAGACGGAGGACUGAUUGCGGCCCAGGGCCUCGUCCGCCUGGAGUUCCAUCGCUUCUUUGACUUUCUUUCCUUUUGUUUUUGUUGGGGGGAGGGAGGGGGAACCUACACCUGGUACGUGGGGUGCAAAGCUCUUCAAGAUGGUAACAUCAGGCACACGCGUCAGGCAGCUGACUUGCUGCCAGCCUCAGCGGAAGGCAUCGCAGACAGAACACCCAGCGGCCCCCGGACUCUGAGGUCAGCUGGCCCCGUGGAUCCAGGGACUCUGCACAGUGGCCUUUGCCAACAGGCCCACGUCACUGAGGCCAUCACGGAAAUGGACACAACGAUCCCUAAGGGUACUUCUCAUGGUUUCUUCCGAGUGGGGGUUAGAAUGGUACUGUCAUGGCUGUGUUCUGUGGCCUUCAUGGUGGGGUUUGUUGUUGGCCACCUGUGGUGGUGAGUCGGAGCCUGCAGUCCAGGACAGGCGUCCCUGAAGCCACAGAGCAAGCAGGGAUGGGAAAAAGCCUUGUUUCAAAGCCCGGGGAAUUCAGGCAGGCAGACAGGAGUUGUUUGAGUUUGUACCAAAGGGCUUAGACGCAUCAAUGUCACCAUAAGCAAAGUAGACUUCUACCCUUUUGAGAAGAGAAGCAGGUGUACAUCACGGCAACUCUCAGCACUUCAAGUGUCAAUCCAGAAACUGUCCGAGAACUUUUUUUCGUUGUUUUUUUCUUCACUGUAGUCUUCGCAAAUUGACUGAAACUUUUGCAUAAAGAACAAAAUAAAAGCAAGGCAUAUACUUUUUUUAACCAUUAAGUCUUAUGGAUGUGAAAUGUGAAUUUUUAAUAAUGAUUCCUUUAUAUUUUUACUUUGUGUCACUGCAGAAAUUUAGACUCAUUCAAAAAUGAAAGGUUAAAUCUAACCAUUAUUCAAUUAAAAGACCAUAUAUUUCCCUCAAAAUCACUUGAGACCAUAAAGUUCAGUCUCCUGUAAGUUCGUCUGGCUGUGCUGUGUUUGUGGCGGCUGCUCCGACCUCAGGGCAGGAGGGAGCAGCAGUGCAGUCCUGUUGCCCCGGGUUUCUGCCCUCUUCACUCUGCCGCAGAGCAGACACCACAUAGAGCUCGGGGGUCUGGCUGGUGCUCCUGUGUAACUUGGAGGUCGGCUGAUAUGACUGUGCACUGUAAAUGUUGUGAAAAGGCAUAAAACCGAUACUCCGGACCCCUGCCUACAAAGAUGAUUGGGCAGUCACUUCCAGUGCGUGUUAGUAUGUCACAGGUGCUUGGUACGAUGGUGCAGUAACUUCUAACUGGUUACUUCCAACCUGAAGAACUUAGAAUCUCAAGAAGUGACAAGACAGUCCUUGACAGACAGCCCAUCACAAUGCACAUGGCUGGAAACUGAUAAAGUUAACUUUUACAGUUUGCUUCUACAUAUUCAGUGUUGUACAGAGUGAUACUCAUGAACUUGGCUUUACAAAACUAAAUUGGAGGCUUCUGCAGCAAUUUAUUUAUGUUGCAGCAGAGUUGGCUGUCCAUCAGUAUUGUUCUUAUUUUAAAGUUAACACUGUGUGUUCAGUUUCAUUAUGGGCUUCUGAACGUUGCCAUUUCCCUAGAUGAAGCUCCAUUUGCUAUUGGAACUGCAGGCUAUGAGGUAGAAUGCAUUACAAAAGAGAGGUAUACCACUGUGGCUGGACACACACACACACACACACACACACACGUAUGUAUGUAAUGUGUGUAGAAACACAUAGAUGUAUAUUUGAUACACACGUAUGUAUGUACAUAGACAUACACGUGCAUGUACAUAUAUGAGAUAUACACCCAUAUGUGUGGGAGACUGGCAGAGACACACAGAGGCAUAGGGAAGCAAACAUAUAUGAAAAGUGAGAAUCAGCCCUGUUCUUCAAAGUCUCUGCAUUAGGAAACAUCUGUUGCCUGAUAAGGAGUUGAUUACAAAGCGGGAUUUUUGUAUGCAUUGUCAUAUAGCAGCGUAUUUUUUUUCUGCACAUAAAUUUGUGAAACUGGAUCCCCACGAAUAUAAAGUGAAUCCCAUACUUUAAUCCAGUCAUCUAAUUUAACUUAGAGGCUGAAUUGCAGGAGAAGGAAUAGCAUUUAAGAUUUUUUCUUUAAUCAGCUGCAGGAAUUCUCCUUUGUGCAGAACAGUCAGAGAAGUAGGACUCUCUUGGCCAUGCUUGCCUUUUAAAACUGCUGUUCUGAUGAGACGAUUACAAAAAAGCUGUCUCAGUCUGAUGUGGUCAGACACGCCAAGUGACCUGACCUCUGCUUUGCACCUGCGUGGACUCAUUAGUGAAACUCUGUCACGACAGGAACACAUUCCAGUGAAAACUGUUAACGUGGCUUUCCCCAUGUGCUGGAUUUACUAAAAACGGUCCAGGGUGUAGUGGUAUUUAAUUAAUAAUUUGUGGGGAAAAGUGCAGCAUUUUUGGUAGAUAUAGUUAGAAUGCACACUUUAGAGUCCUAUUUCUUGUCUUUUUCCCAGAUCCUGGAAGGAGGGUGUUUGGUUUGGUUUUGUUUUGUUUUGACUACUGGAAGUUUUGAUGAGCUUCUCAUUAGGGUGAUAUAUUUCACAUUGAGCCACAUCUUCUGUGUCCAGUUUAAAUUUGGUAACCCACUGUGACUGUAGAAUGUUCACUUUGCAGAAAUUUAUAUGGUGCACACUGAUGUAUAAUAGGCAAGUUUUAUGGUUCCAUGCAAUUAUCGCAUUAUCUUUUCAGAGUUCGUGAAUAUAUUUUAAAGUUAGAAAUGUUCUUGGAAAUAUAAAUGUAUGCCAACAAUGAUGAGAAACAUUGAAUUCAAGCAGUGGAAGAAAAUCUGUAAAAAAAAAAACGGAAGCAUCUUAUUAAUGAGUAGUAGAGUAGCAGACUCGACAAGUUCAUUCUAAAAACUUGAAAGGAAACACAGUGGAUGUGGACACCAGUGGUCCAAAGUGUUCCGUUGAGUCGGGCAGGGACUGUGAGCUGUUGCAUGAGACACCACUGCCGGACAAGAGCCCAGGCUGAAAUCCAGCCCCGUCGCCCUCCUCCCGAUGCCCGGGGGGAGCGGAUCUGUGCAGGAGUUAGAGCGCUGCUCCCCCACCCCACUUCCACAGCAACAGAAGCAGAGGUAGAUUUGCCCAGUGUGGGUCUCUUCUUUUUAGCAUGCUUCCUGAAGUUUUCAUUGUGGACAGUCCCAGUGAAUUUUGCUUUACUGAUGUGUUCAUAUUCACUAGAUACGUUUGUACAGGAUACCCAGAGAUGCAUAGAUCCUUAGAUACCCGCUUUUCCCCCCAUAGGUUUACUUAUGAGUAUUGUGUUUCUGGUCUUUUUAACUCAAAAUUAAGGUUUGAGCUUUAAUAGGACUAAAUUAUUCACCAUGCCUUGAGCUGUGCCUUUGUUUUUAAUAUUCUCUAUUCAUGUACCCAUUAUUUUGCUUUUCUUGCUUAACUAUAACUGAGAACACAUUUAAGGGGACACACUCCUGGUCAGCUGUAUCAACCUGAAAGAAUAAGACCUUCUCUCCUCGUCAGACUUCUGUACCUGAUUUUACUUCACUGAUGUGUACCCUGAUGAUAAUCAACUAUUAAUGGACACCUCAGAUUCAGUCUCCUUUGCAAGAAUUUCUAAGAACUGUGACACUGGUCAUGAAACGAUUGUGUUGGGUUCAGGUACAUAAGCAUGAUUUAGAGUCUGAAAAUCACUUCUUUGUUUAUAUGGUUGAAAUGUGUUUGCUUUUUAUAUUUCACCAAUUUGAUUUAAGGUUUAAAGACAAUAUUCAGUUAGUCAUUUUAGUGGUCCCUUCUAUUGAAAGCUCUAGUCUGAUUUUAAAAUCACUGUAAAAUGUAAAUCAGCUUGAGUAAGCUCUGAGGCAUUGUUUUACCACACUUGUCAG